AUGCACAAAUUCAUCACCAAAGAAACCCCCGCUAAGCGCGCCAACCCUCCCUCCUCCGACAUCCCCUCCUCCUCUCCCGCCUUCGCAACCCCAGCGCACCCUCUCAAGUCCUUCUCCGCGACACCCUCCAGCGCCCCCACAGCAGUGAGACAUGCUAUCCUACCCAUAGUCCUCCCUCCCGCGACGCUGCGACCCUUAGCCUUCCGAACCUUCACGAAGAAGCACAGCCUUACCCUCAACUCCUCGAGUUUAGCGGAACUCGCAGCAUUUAUAGGUCGGCACUGUGGCUCAGGAUGGCGAGAAGAGGGUCUCGCGGAGAAAGUCCUCGAAGAGGUGGCGCGGAGUUGGAAGAGCCGGAACGGCGGUGUUAUUGUCGAUGGGGCGAGUGCGGAGUUGAAGGAGAUCCUGACGACCCUGGAGGCGAGUAUGAGUGGUGGUAAAAUCAUAUCUGGCGGAAGGGGUCUGAGUCGGCAGAAUAGCUUGAUGCUGGACUCGAGUCAGGACUCUGAUUUGGCGAAUGUGCGCAUGGGAUUGCCGCCGAGUCGGGCCUUGACAAGGGGAGAUAGCCAGGAUAGCCUUGGUGCGUCGAACCUGGGGGUGGAUGACGAGAUUGACGAUGAAUCCUUGAACGAUGUACGGAAAUGGCUUAAAGCUAUUAUCGCGUACGAACAGCCUCGACUCGUCUACAACGUCGACAAGAAACACUUUGAAAGGGAAACAUGCAAACCCUCCAUCAUGCCCUCGGCCCCCCGAAAAGCCCUCGCCUUCAAGAACCGCUUCAACGUCAUCCACCAACGCCUCCUCCGCCACGAAUCCUUCCACACAUCCGCCGUAACCACCUCCCGCGCCGCCAACAAGCGACGAACCCCGGGCGCCGGCCAAGCCCUCAAGAUUACACAAAUAGCAAAUAUGCUAGGCCGCCACGGCACGCAGCAGAUGUUGUUGGGCAUGCUCGUCAUCCUGCCUGCGGGCGAGCUAGCCAUCAGCGAUUUGACGGGGACAAUAACGUUGGACUUGUCGCGCGCCGUGGAUUAUCCCGAGAACUCGGCUUGGUUUACACCUAGUAUGAUUGUCUUGGUCGAUGGGAUCUAUGAAGAGGAGGACGAGGAAAUUGGCAAGGGCCUCGGUGGGACGCGCGGUGUGGGUGGUGUGCUUGGCGGGAAGUUCAUCGCGUCGUUCAUUGGACAUCUAUCGUGCGAAACUCGAGCAACUUCGUUAGGUAUGACAGGUGCCGAUGGGGCGCAGGACCAGUCCAUCGGUGGCGGGUUUGGAUGGAUCGACUUCUUAGGUUUGGGGAGCGAGCGCGCGGUGGGACAGAAGAUGAGGCGUGUUGAGGAACGUCUUCUCCGACGACUUACUGCCGAAGAAGCGGCCGAUCGCUCACGGCUCGUCAUUCUGGGUGAACUCAACCUGGAUAACCCUCGCACACUCCCCGCCUUGCGGAAAAUACUGUCAAUCUACGCUGCCGAGGACCAGGCAGCCCCACCCCUGACGUUCAUCCUGAUGGGCAACUUUGUCCAGCACCCCAUCAUGGCCAGGAGCCGCGGUGGGGGCAGCGUAGAGUACAAGGAGUAUUUCGACGAGCUGGGAACCGUCCUGGCCGAAUUUCCCGCCCUCAUCAAAAACUCAACGUUCGUCUUCGUCCCUGGAGAUAACGACGCCUGGAUCUCUGCGGGCACUACGGGGGCAUCGUCGCCUCUGCCUAGAAAACCGAUUCCGGACAUCUUCACCUCGCGGAUUCGUCGACUCUUCACAUCAGCCGCGAGCAAUGAUCAGACCAAAGCGAGUCCCGAAGCAAUAUGGGCGUCCAACCCCAGCCGGCUAAGUCUCUUCGGACCGAACCACGAAAUCGCCCUCUUCAGAGACGAUAUGCUCGGGAGGUUACAGCGCAACGCAGUCGUGGUCGGCGGAGCUAGGGACGCCGCUGCCACCGAAGAUGACGGCGAAGACGUUCCCAUGAUGCAAGUCGACGGCGAGGGAGACGCAUCCAUGGAAGUUGAUGGCGCCGCCGGCCAGUCGGAAAAGGAACGGGUUGCUGCGGCGAGCCUUCGCACCGCGCAGAGACUCGUCAAGACGGUGCUUGACCAGGGAUACCUCUCGCCCUUCCAGCCGAGUAUUCGCCCCGUGCACUGGGACUACUCGUGGGCGCUGCAUCUAUACCCGUUGCCAUCGGCUUUGGUUCUGAUGGAUAAUACGGCGCCGGCGUUUUGUGUUACGUAUGGGAGGUGUCAUGUCAUGAAUCCAGGGAGUGUAUUGUUGCCAGAUCGGAGGAGCGUCGCAAGGUGGAUUGAGUACAAGAUUGGGUCGCUGGGUCAGGUACGGGAGAGUGCGUUCUGA